GUGUCUGGCGGACGCAGGUGAGCCGCCGUUGCGCCGGGAGCCCCACCAGAGACGUCCACGGCCAUCCCGACGCCUCGAGGUGUCUGUGCGACGGAGUCAGCUGCACGUGUAGCAAGUGGUGACGCCUUCACGGGGAAUCCAGACGGCACCGACCGAGCAACUCGUAUGGACGUCGACCUACGUGUCAGGGCAAGGCGCAAACUGGUCCAGCGCGCAACCCUUGCUCGCCGGGGCCAGGGGCCAGCUGUGGCCCUGGUCAGCGGCUGCAGGGAUUUGGGAGAGCAGGCCACGCCACGCAGCGCCAGCUGCGGCUCUGCAGCUGCGGCCGCGCCGCGCCUCCACCGUCCGUUGCCGCGUCUUCCGCCGCCGUUUGCCCAUCGUCUUCUCAGCGACGCACUGCAAGUUGCUGCUGCCUCCUGGGUGACGGCUGUAGAUGGACGUACGCAAACCGGUACUUGGGAGAGAAAGGAACCGAUGGAUUUGAAUCUAAAGAGUACGGCACACCGUCACGAUGUUAUGGCAGACAGGGAGAAUCCGCGCAGCUGCGCCAUGACAUUUACGCGCGCCAGAGCGUGGAGGGUCAGCGCCCAGUGGAACUUUCUUCCAGAGGAGAAAGAAGGCUUGGGAGAGUGGAAGCCCGCCUGGGCCAAUGAAGCGCUCGCAGCCGGCAGGGGGGCGCGAGACCCCGCCUGUUUAAAGAAUGUCGUUGGUUGAAAACGAUGAGCAGCGUGGCAGACGCGUAGACGGUGGCUGAAGAACUAACAGAGAGCUGUAAAUGGCAAAUUGUACACCAGAAACGGAGGAAAACCUUCCGGGACUGCUUACACCGGAUGCGAGGCCUGUACGGAGCAACAGGUUGACCACUAAUUCCAGACAUCAACAAACCGAAAACAGUGAGACGUUCUUAAAGAAAGGAAAGAAGGAAAAUUAGGGUUUAACGUACCGUCGAUAACUACCUCAUUAGCGACACAGCACAGGCUCGCACUGUUUCAAGGAUGGGGACGGAAAUCGGCCGUGCCCUUGCAAAGGAAGUAUCCCGGCAUUUGCCAAGAGCGAUUUAGGGGAUCACGGAGAACCUAAAUCAGGAUGGUCGGACACGGAUUUGAACCGUAAUCCUCCCAAAUGCGAGAUCUAACCUCUGCGCGACCUAGCUCGGUAAAUGUUUGUAUUACUGGGUUUCAUGCGUGGCUCUCAUAAAUAUUAGAGGCUUGAAUCGUCCGAUUUCACAUGGUGGUAUGGAUACCGCAGAAGACGCUGAGACCGCAUGUGUAUUUUAAAGCAUAUACACACGCACGUAUUCCCAACGUUUUUACAUAUUACGCACGGAAAAGUGAGAGGGGAUUUCACAAAAAACAGUAUUAUAAACGUAUGACAGCCUACGACAGGCGAAGCACAGUGGGAAACCUUUCGUAUAUUUAUUGACGUAAAAACAGAACUCAUGGUGCUGCACGGACUUCAAGUCUGUCGAAAUGAAUGUCUCACGAAAAAAUUCGAAAUGUGUCUGCAUUCCCAAUAAAAUAAGCUAGAACUACUAACUGAAAAACUGAAAGUAAAUCUAUGCCACUUUUCCGAAACCUUGCAAACAUUUUAAACACACAAAAUAAAAAUUAUGGAUGUGUUCCUGCUGACACACAGAUGCAAUUAACGUGAACCAUAUAUUUGGAAAAUAGAGGAACGUCUCUUCACUAGCCUCUGAAUUCGAUACUUCGUGAGAUUGUUUUUCUGUCACUUUGCCAAAGCCUUGCGUAACUACUGACGCAAUUGUUGAAAACUCAGUGUUAGCUAUUUCGAAUUUGUAUUCGUGGAAACAUACGUAUAACCAUCAAAAAUAAAAUGAUUGCAUGUCUUAGCCACUCGACGCCGUAUGCGAAUACUUGUAGUCCUGAGCUCGAAAUGUUUCGUCCGAAGAAAUAAAAAUAACGAUUUGUGACUGAA